GUUAUCAUGCCACCAUUUCGUGAUCCUUUGAAAAAAGCACAAUAUGACAAGGAUGAUGAAAAGAGAACUCUUCUUCAGUGUGAGACUGGCAAAAUCUAUACAAUGAAAGAAUUUAAAGAGAUCGAGAAGGCCCAAUUGCAUUCCAGGUUCCCGAGUAUUUCUAAUUCAAGGCAAUGUAUGACUCCAAAUGAAUGGCUUAAAGUGUCCAUGAGAUAUAUAGAAAGUGAAUUUUGUAAAAAGAGCAGGGUCAAAGUGAAGACGAAUUUUCGUACCAGUAGUUUAGAUUUGAAUCAAUUGAAAAGGGAGCCUAAUUUUCUGGAAUCCCAGGAGAAAAGACGGUCAGUCACAAGUUUUGACAACAAUAUAUCCUGAUUGCUGAUCUGUGCAAGGACCCACAAAGGAAGACUGCUUUAAAUGAGUUCCCUGCUGGCAGGGAUCCUUCUGAGGGGCCAAGGAAGACAUUGAAGAAUCACUCUCUCUGUGCAAUAAACUUCCUUUAAUUUAGCGUUCAGUGUCUGUGAUGAUUAAGAAAUGACAAUACAAAAACCCCAAACAAGCAAACAGGCAUGGUGGCAUUCCCCCCCAAAGUGUAUUUUCCUCUGAAGUUAAAAUAUUCAUGAAGGGGCCAAUAAAGAGAGCUGUCUUACUGAA